AUGUCAUCAAACUGGGAACCUCCGCGCAACUACCGCAGCCGCCCUGUUGCCAUUCUUGGCGCAGGUGUACUGGGCCGCCGAGUAGGAUGUAUCUGGGCUUCAGCUGGCUUUGAUGUUAAUAUCCGAGAUCCCAGCGCGCAACAACGAGCAGACGGAAUUGCGUACAUUGAGGAAAAUGUUCAAUCAUACUCUGCCAAAACCAAUCAAGUCCCCGGGUCGUUCGAAGCGGUCGAGGAUAUGAAACAAGCUGUCGAAAAUGCUUGGCUUGUCAUUGAAGCUGUUCCCGAGAAACUCGAACUCAAGAUCGCCACUUUCGCUGAGUUGGAGGCCCUCACCCCAAAGGACUGCAUCCUGGCUUCCAAUUCAUCUUCAUAUAAGUCUUCCGAGGUGAUCAGUCAGAUCUCGGAUUCCACCAAGACGCGUGUUCUAAACAUGCAUUACUAUAUGCCGCCAGCGUGUAUGAUUGUGGAGGUCAUGACCGAUGGAUACACCACCCCAGAGAUAAUCUCUUUCAUGGUUGAGCGCUGCAAAGAAGCUGCCACAAAUCCAUAUGUCGCAAGAAAGGAGUCCACUGGGUUCAUCUUCAAUCGAUUGUGGGCUGCUGUAAAGCGGGAGGUCUUGACUAUUCUGGCUGAGGGUGUUUCGGUUCCCGAGGAGAUUGAUGCGAUGUGGUCUGAAUUGUUUGUCAAAGCAGGGACUCUUCCCUGUCGGACAAUGGACAAUGUCGGCCUAGACACCGUUGCCUUCAUUGAGGGUCAUUAUGUGGAGGAACGUGGACUCUCUCCUGAGAAGACAGUCGACUUUUUAAAGAGCACUUACCUGGACCAUGGAAAGUUAGGAACAAAGUGCUCAAAGGGUGGCCUCUAUCCUCCCAGUGACCCAACUCCCAUCAAGGCCGAUUCAAAGAAGCCCGAAAUUUUGGUGUUGGACCUCGGACUGUCCGCCGCCACACCCAGCAUGAAAUCGGGAGAAAUUCUCCGUGUUUCUGCAGACGGCAAGGUACAGAAAUCGAUUCUUAAAGGUCAAUCAUUGCCCGAUGGACUUGCUGUGGACUCGACCUCUGGUCGUAUGUUCUGGACUUGCAUGGGCGGUCCAGGAAAGUCCGACGGGGCCGUUUACUCCGCGAACGUGGAUGGGACCGACAUUCAAACACUUGUUGCCGCAGGAACUUUGAAUACACCAAAACAGCUGGCUAUUGAUUCUGUGGCGCAAAGCGUCUACUUUUCUGACCGCGAAGGAUGCCGAGUCUACCGUUGCGCCUUCGACGGCUCCAAUCUGGAGGUUUUGAUUGACAACAAUGGCCGUGAUUUGACCCCUACGGAGCGCGUCUCUGAAUGGUGCGUAGGAGUUGCCGUGAGCCCAAGUCAAGGCAAAUUCUAUUGGACCCAGAAAGGACCCUCGAAGGGUGGUGAAGGCCGGAUCUUGUGCGCCAAUAUCACAAUGCCCGAGGGUCAGUCAGCAGAUGCUCGAGGUGAUAUCCAGUGUGUGCUGGCUGAUCUUCCUGAGCCAAUUGAUCUUGAGGUGGAAGAAACCUCUCGCACACUUUACUGGACCGAUCGUGGUGAACUCCCGUGGGGCAACUCGCUGAACAGAGCCAAGUUGGGUGAAGAUGGUCUCCCUCUAUCAACCAGUUCCCCACUAGGAUAUGAAAUCCUCACUAGGGGUCUAAACGAGGCAAUCGGCCUGAAGUUGGAUUCCAUCAAUUCCCACGUCUAUCUCACUGAUCUGGGCGGAUCUAUCUACCGGUGCGACCUGGAUGGCAACUACAAGGAGAAGCUUCUCUUCGAGGAGCAUCGGGCCUUUACUGGAAUUACUAUCCUCAUACGCGAGAGACAUACGCGUCGAACCGCGUCCGUUAUCAGUAGCCCGCCUCACGCAAAUUCUAAUGGAUUGAUACCACAGUCUUCACUUCCACUCAAUGCAUUUCCGAAUGCGCCGCCUUCCCAUGAAGGCCCCCCUGGGCUGGCUAGUAUGAGAAGUGUCUCUAAUCCCCCGGAUUAUACUCGGCAUCGGGAUGAAGAGCAGACUGGCGUUGAAAUCGCAACCAAGGUCCUUGGGAAAAACAACAAACCUGGCCAAGCGCCAUUCUAUACUGGUGAUUCGCCUGGGUUUGGUGCCGUCUUUGAUAUAUGCUCACCUUCAGACCAACCUACACCAAGACAUAUCCUACUCACUUCCAAAACAUCCGUUUCGCUAUCCCCCGAGGAUAAAGCAUACUUGCAGUACAAGGGGGCUUUCAAUAUGCCCCGAAAAGAGACCUGUGAUGAACUUCUGCGAGCAUACUUUCAUCAUGUGCAUCCCAUUAUGCCGGUGAUUGACGCUACAACGCUUCCACACCUCUAUCCCAGUGGAGAUGGUCAAUCGUACAAUCUGAUAUUACUAUGGAGUAUCUUCUUCGCUGCAGCAAAUUAUCUUUCGGUCGAUGCUUGGAAAUCAGAGGGCUUUUCGUCCAGGAAAGAGAUGAAGGAAUCCAUGUACGCCCGUGCAAAGUGCCUGCAUCAUAAUGGGGGUGAGACCGACCACGCAGUUCUCCUUCAAUCAGCACUUCUCUUGGGAUUUUACCACUCUGAAGCUGAUACCUACAGCCAACCGUGGUAUUGGCUUGGUAUUGCCAUUAGCCUUUGCCAAACAAUGGGUCUGCAUCGUUUCUCUGCUACGGUCUGUGCCAAUUCACCUAUCGCCGGAGCACAACAGCGUCUUUGGCGCCGCCUUUGGUGGACAACCUUUUUUCGAGACCGUUGGCUAAGUCUCACAAUGGGCCGUCCAUUGAGAAUCAACAUGAAUGACUGCAACACUGUGCUGCCAUCUGCUGUUGAUAUGUUGGAUGAUUUUAUCGGAUUACCUAAACCCAUAUCGGCAGCAUAUAUCCCGAAGGACCUACCGCAGCUAGCAGAGUAUUGGGUCACAAUGAUUCAACUCACUCAGCUUUUGGGAGGCACUCUCAUUUUGUGCUACCAACCCUUUGGAACCAGUUCGUCUUUCCAGCAGGUCGAAGCCCUUGAGAAAAAGAUUUUGCGCUUUCAACUUCCCGACAAUCAGGAAACGGGACAAAGUCCACUUGCAACCUUUUACUUGUAUCAUUUGCAGCUUCAUUACCAAGCAUUCAUAAUCACUUUUUAUCGUCCCUUCAUCACAAAGACCCUGGAAGGCUUGCCCGCAUCUCGCCAGGAUACAUGGCAAACUCACGUCCGAAAUCAGAUCAAUAUGGCUGCCCUACAGACCAAUGCCAUCCUUGACAAUUUGGCACACGAGAAACUGUUGGGAUUCUCCGUUGGUAUGACGCCACCGCUAUUAGUCCCAGCAAUGCACAUCCAUCUCCUCAACUGUAAAUCUCCCGAUCCCGUUUCCCGACGUCUGGGUCUCAACAAAAUUGAGGUCUGCAUGAUAGUCUUGGAACAGAUGCAGCCCACCCACCCCUGCGCUUCAGUCUUCCGAGGUAUCUUUCUCGAAGCCAUCCGUUACAUUUUCCCGAACUAUGUGGCUCAAACAGUCCUCCCUGAGCUUGUAUCCGAGUCUUCUCCGCUGCAGGAAGUUUCGAUGGAAGAUCCUAUGGCAGGAAUAACAAUCGGUGAAGAUGCCAUUGAUGCGCUGAUGGAUGAGGUGUCGAUUUUCAAUUUUUGGGAGUCCCUUAACAACAUGCAAACUUAG